AUGGCGGGUUCGCGAUUGCGUCGCCACGUUCUGGUGGUCGCCCUCGGUCUGCUGGCCGCCGCUUCAGUUACAUACGCAUCCCUUCGCACUAUCGCCUUCGCUCGGCUAUUCGGCCUCUUCAGGCCUCAUUCGGGGAUUCGAAUUACACAAGGCGAAAUUACAGCGGCAUACGAGACUAGUACUGAUCCGCGAACGCCUGUGGUUCCUAGGAUAAUCCACCAGAUCUUUCACAACUGGCACGACCCGAAUGGCAAUACCCUUCGCCCAGACUGGAAAGCAGCACGGCAGACGUGCUUGGAUUUGAACCCAAGCUGGGAACACAUGCUGUGGACCUCGAAAACCUCCCGCGACUUCAUCGAAGAAGAGUUUCCCUGGUUCUUGUCGGCGUAUGACCGAUAUUCGUUUCCAGUACAAAAGGUUGACGUGGUAAAAUACUUUGUUCUGCGCUACUAUGGCGGAAUCUACAUUGACCUGGACAAUGGAUGUGCUGCAAACCUCGAACCACUCACUUACUAUCCAGCAUUUACCACGGAUGGUGGCCACGGGGCCCUCAGCAACAACAUCAUGGGAGGGCAGCCCGGACAUCCGCUGUUCUUCCUCCUCACCGACAAUCUGAUUCGCUGGCAAGUGAACUAUCUACUCCCAUACGCAACAAUAAUGUGGUCUAGUGGACAGUGGUACUUCACGGCCAUCUGGGAAGAAUACCAUUCGGUCCUGACUCAUAAAUCAUCAGUCAACGGUAUCAGCGAGACACGGCUACAACCCUUGCACCAUAUUCUCAUGGACAUGAGACCUGGCUCUGACCCCUGGGUGUUCUUUACCCAAGUCGAUGGCAACUCAUGGGCAAACUGGGAUAAUCGAUUAAUCUCAAUCAUAGGCGACAACAUAGCGUUCAUCAUGUUGCUGUUGGUCGCUCUUGUCUCCUCUACCGGAUGGGCCUGUGCAAAAACCUCAAUUCGCCGAAAUAAUGCAAACACGGCGCAUAAGCUGUUUGAAGCCUAG